UAACACCGAAAAACGUGGGAGAGAUAGCAGUUUUGUCAUAGAAAAUUUAGUAAAUUUUGAUAUUGAGUGAAAAUAGCGUAAUAAAAUUGCAGUUACAGUUGUUUUGUACAUUAUAUAGCUACAAUGAGCACUAUUUUGGAAAAAAUUAAGGCUAUCGAGGAUGAGAUGGCUCGGACCCAAAGAAACAAAGCAACAAUGGGUCAUCUUGGGUUAUUGAAAGCAAGGCUGGCAAAAUUGCGACGUGAACUUAUCACGCCCAAGGGAGGAGGUGGUGGUCCAGGCGAGGGUUUUGAUGUGGCCAAAACUGGUGAUGCUAGAAUUGGAUUUGUUGGUUUUCCCUCUGUGGGUAAGUCAACAUUAAUGAACACACUUGCUGGAGUAUACUCCGAAAUUGCAGCCUAUGAGUUUACCACUCUUACAACUGUACCUGGAGUCAUUAAAUACAAAGGUGCCAAGAUACAGAUGUUAGACUUACCUGGUAUCAUUGAAGGUGCUAAAGAUGGGAAGGGCAGAGGAAGACAGGUUAUUGCUGUGGCUCGUACUUGCAGCUUAAUCUUCAUUGUGCUUGAUGUGCUGAAACCAUUGCAACACAAGAAGAUUAUUGAGAGAGAGUUGGAAGGGUAUGGAAUUAGACUUAACAAACAACCACCAAAUAUCACAUUGAGAAAGAAAGAAAAAGGAGGAAUUAACCUACAAACAUUGGUGCAGCAAUCAGAACUUGAUUCAGAUAUGGUUAAAACUAUUCUGUCCGAGUACAAAAUUCACAAUGCUGACAUCCUUUUAAAAUGUGAUGCAACAUCAGAUGACCUUAUUGAUGUAAUAGAAGGAAACAGAAUCUACACUCCAUGCAUAUAUGUGUUAAACAAAAUUGAUCAGAUAUCCAUACAGGAGCUGGACAUCAUCUACAGAAUACCUCACUGUGUUCCAAUCUCUGCACAUCACAAGUGGAACUUUGAUGACCUGCUUGAGAUGACGUGGGAUUAUCUCAAACUAAUUAGGAUAUACACUAAACCUAAAGGUCAGCUUCCUGAUUAUGAGUCACCUGUUAUUUUAAGCCAAGAAAGAAGGAGUGUUGAAGAUUUUUGUAAUAAACUUCAUCGAUCAAUCAUUAAGGAAUUUAAAUAUGCUUUAGCAUGGGGUUCAUCUGUGAAACAUAACCCACAGAAAGUUGGAAAAGAUCAUAUAUUGAAUGAUGAGGAUGUUGUUCAAAUUGUCAAGAAGGUUUAAUUAUCAGUAAUGACAAAACUUGCCAAGCUCUUGAGAAACAAGAACUGAAACUUCUACAAACAUCCAGACAUGAGAAUUACAAAAGCUUACUUGGUUGGACAAAACAUUUUAUGGAUGUGGACCAAGUAAUUAUGUACAAUCCUGUUUUAUUAUGUUGCAUCUGUGUAAAUUAAUAUUGGAAAAAAUAAAGCAUAUAACUUGUGACA